GCGCCCCUCCGCCGAUGCCCGUCUCGCCCGCACAUCGCCGCCUCGCGCGGGGCCUGCCCUCAGGCCCUGUGGGCUCUGCACCGCCGCCGGGAGACUGGCGCCCUCCAGUCACUCCGGUACCCGUCCGCCGUGUCCCCUGGGCAACUGUCUCCAGGGAGACCGAGCCCGCCCCUGCUACCGACACCCGUUUCUUGGGAAGCUCCGGUGGUCCUCCCUGGAUGCUGAAGGAAGGGUGCAUCCACACCCACUUGCCUGGGCCCCUGCAGAAGAGUCUGUUGAGCAUCCUUCCAGGGCCUGGACUGGCAGGUCCGAGGACUUCAGCUUGGAGCCUGGGAAAUGCGUUCCUCUAAUACCAUUUCCAGUGGACUCCUGGGGCUUUGGUUUUUGUCUGCGGAGAAGUCAGUGAUUAAUAUAUAAGGAGCUCAGAGUCAGGCAAAGGUGGGAUGAAGCUUACUGAUGUCUAUGCACUUGUAAUCUCCCAGGCAGAGGGACCUUGGCUGGUGGUCUCUCUUGGCCCAUCCCAGAAAGGUAGUCAGGCCACGGAGCAGUAACAAAGCAGGAUGCCCCCUGGGGUGGACUGCCCCAUGGAGUUCUGGACCAAAGAGGAGAGCCAGAGCGUGGCCGUCGACUUCUUGCUGCCCACAGGGGUCUACCUGAACUUCCCAGUGUCCCGCAAUGCCAACCUCAGCACCAUCAAGCAGGUGUUGUGGCAUCGCGCACAGUAUGAGCCGUUCUUCCACAUGCUCAGCGACCCGGAGGCCUAUGUGUUCACCUGUGUCAACCAGACAGCUGAGCAGCAGGAGCUGGAGGAUGAGCAGCGGCGACUGUGUGAUGUCCAGCCCUUCCUGCCUGUGCUGCGCCUUGUGGCCCGAGAGGGUGACCGUGUGAAGAAGCUCAUCAACUCACAGAUCAGCCUCCUCAUCGGCAAAGGCCUCCAUGAGUUUGACUCCCUGCGAGACCCAGAAGUGAAUGACUUCCGAACCAAGAUGCGCCAGUUUUGUGAGGAGGCCGCUGCUCUCCGCCAGCAGCUAGGCUGGGAGGCCUGGCUACAGUAUAGCUUCCCCCUGCAGCUGGAGCCCUCAGCAAGGAGCUGGGGGCCUGGAACGCUGCGUGUCCCCAACCGAGCCCUGCUGGUCAAUGUGAAGUUCGAGGGCAGUGAGGAGAGCUUCACUUUCCAGGUGUCUACUAAGGACAUGCCCCUGGCACUGAUGGCCUGUGCCCUCCGGAAGAAGGCCACAGUGUUCCGGCAGCCCCUGGUGGAGCGGCCCGAGGACUAUGCGCUGCAGGUGAAUGGGAGGCAUGAGUACCUCUAUGGCAGCUACCCGCUCUGCCAGUUCCAGUAUAUCUGCAGUUGCUUGCACAGCGGACUGACCCCCCAUCUGACCAUGGUCCACUCCUCCUCCAUCCUUGCUAUGAGGGAUGAACAGAGCAACCCUGCCCCCCAAGUCCAGAAACCACGCACCAAACCUCCUCCCAUUCCUGCCAAGAAGCCUUCCUCUGUGUCCCUGUGGUCCCUGGAGCAGCCAUUCUGCAUAGAGCUGAUCGAGGGCAGCAAAGUGAACGCCGAUGAGCGGAUGAAGCUGGUGGUACAGGCUGGGCUCUUCCAUGGCAACGAGAUGCUGUGCAAGACGGUGUCUAGCUCGGAGGUGAGUGUGUGUUCAGAGCCCGUGUGGAAGCAGCGGCUGGAGUUUGACAUCAGCAUCUGUGACCUACCGCGCAUGGCCCGGCUCUGCUUCGCCCUAUACGCUGUGGUCGAGAAAGCCAAGAAGGCUCGCUCCACCAAGAAGAAAUCCAAGAAAGCGGACUGCCCCAUCGCCUGGGCCAACCUCAUGCUAUUCGACUACAAAGACCAGCUCAAGACUGGGGAGCGCCGUCUCUACAUGUGGCCCUCUGUCCCAGAUGAGAAAGGAGAGCUGCUGAACCCUGCGGGUACAGUGCGCAGUAACCCCAACACAGAGAGUGCUGCUGCCUUGGUCAUCUGCCUGCCCGAGGUGGCCCCCCAUCCUGUGUACUUCCCUGCCCUGGAGAAGAUCCUGGAGCUGGGGCGUCAUGGAGAACGUGGGCGCAUCACAGAGGAGGAGCAGCUGCAGCUGCGGGAAAUCCUGGAGCGGCGGGGGUCUGGGGAGCUGUAUGAACAUGAGAAAGACCUGGUGUGGAAGAUGCGGCAUGAAGUCCAGGAGCACUUCCCGGAGGCACUGGCCCGCCUGCUGCUGGUCACCAAGUGGAACAAGCACGAGGAUGUGGCCCAGAUGCUGUAUUUGCUGUGCUCCUGGCCCGAGCUGCCUGUGCUGGGUGCCCUGGAGCUGCUGGACUUCAACUUCCCGGACUGCCACGUGGGCUCCUUCGCCAUCAAGUCCCUACGGAAACUGACGGACGACGAGCUUUUCCAGUACCUGCUGCAGCUGGUGCAGGUGCUCAAGUACGAGUCCUACCUGGACUGUGAGCUGACCAAAUUCUUGCUGGACCGUGCCUUGGCCAACCGCAAGAUCGGCCACUUCCUCUUCUGGCACCUUCGCUCCGAGAUGCACGUACCAUCAGUGGCCCUGCGUUUUGGCCUCAUCAUGGAGGCCUACUGCAGAGGUAGCACUCACCACAUGAAGGUGCUGAUGAAACAGGGGGAAGCACUGAGCAAGCUGAAGGCAUUGAAUGACUUUGUGAAGGUGAGCUCCCAGAAGACCACCAAGCCCCACACCAAGGAGAUGAUGCACAUGUGUAUGCGCCAGGAGACCUACAUGGAGGCCCUGUCUCACCUGCAGUCCCCACUGGACCCCAGUACCCUGCUGGAGGAAGUCUGCAGUGUGGAGCAGUGCACUUUCAUGGACUCCAAGAUGAAGCCACUGUGGAUCAUGUACAGCAGCGAGGAGGCGGGCAGUGCUGGCAGCGUGGGCAUCAUCUUUAAGAACGGGGAUGACCUCCGCCAGGACAUGCUGACUCUGCAGAUGAUCCAGCUCAUGGACAUCCUGUGGAAGCAGGAGGGCCUGGACCUGAGGAUGACCCCCUAUGGCUGCCUCCCUACUGGAGACCGCACAGGCCUCAUUGAGGUGGUCCUCCACUCUGACACCAUCGCCAACAUCCAACUGAACAAGAGCAACAUGGCAGCCACAGCCGCCUUCAACAAGGAUGCCCUGCUUAACUGGCUCAAGUCUAAGAACCCUGGGGAGGCCCUGGACCGGGCCAUCGAGGAAUUCACCCUGUCCUGUGCUGGCUACUGCGUAGCCACGUAUGUGCUGGGGAUCGGCGACCGGCAUAGCGACAACAUCAUGAUCCGAGAGAGUGGGCAGCUGUUCCAUAUUGAUUUUGGCCACUUUCUGGGGAACUUCAAGACCAAGUUUGGAAUCAACCGUGAGCGAGUCCCAUUCAUCCUCACCUAUGACUUUGUGCACGUCAUUCAGCAGGGGAAGACUAGUAACAGUGAGAAGUUCGAAAGGUUCCGGGGCUACUGUGAACGAGCCUACACCAUUCUGCGGCGCCACGGGCUGCUCUUCCUCCACCUCUUUGCCCUGAUGCGUGCGGCAGGCCUGCCUGAGCUCAGCUGCUCCAAAGACAUCCAAUAUCUCAAGGACUCUCUAGCGCUGGGGAAGACAGAGGAAGAAGCACUAAAGCACUUCCGGGUGAAGUUCAAUGAAGCUCUGCGGGAGAGCUGGAAGACCAAAGUGAACUGGUUGGCACACAACGUGUCCAAAGAUAACAGGCAGUAGUGGCCCCUUCCCGGACACCACGCACUGGUCCCUUCCCGGCUCUUGGUCUGAGAGAAGUAGACUGCUGGCCCAGGGACCAGGCAUCCUCAGUUGUCAUAAAAGGGGCCCAGAAGCCUGAACUGCACCUCAUGGGAAAGAACCACACAAUUGCCUUUUGUUUACACUGGUUAUUUAUUUAUGACUCGAAAUGUUUAAGGAACGGAACAGCCAUAAAUGGAAAUACAUCUUUGUGCAGGGGAGGGGCGCUGUCUGGUGCCCCCAGUCAGAGCACUGUGAGCAGCUCCCUGAGGACUGUACCCCAAGUCUUCCAGCCAGUGAGUCUUGGCCCAGCAAAGACUGUUCUUCUUUGGGGAGAGAGGGGUCUUCUCCCUAGACUCCCAACAGGCUGCCUGGGUCAAGUCUGGUAGUCACCUGGUGCCUCCCAUCCGUCCGGACAGGACACCUCAGUCCUCAGCUCACCUCUGCCACCUUUGUGUGACCUACCCCAUACGACCUCCACCGACCUAGCCCCGGCAGCUCCUGAGGAAGCCAGGGCACCCUUUAGACUCAGGGACACUUGCUCUGCACUGCUAAAGUGACUUCUCCCAUACGGGGACACCCUCACCUCUUUUAAUUGCGGGUAAGAAAUUGAUAGCUGAACUCGAUGGCUGAGGAGAGGGACUCAGCUCCCACUCAGCAUCCUGUGUCCUGGUCCUCACAUCACUCAAAGACUGGUGCUUGAAUCAAGACAAAGGGAAGUCAAGUGGAGUCCUUUGCAAGGAGUGUAGGCUGCUUGCAGAGGCAAUUUUAGUGAAAGAACAGGACUGAUCUCUCCCAGAGCAGUCUCCUAGAAAGCCAGCAGGGGGUGGGGUGGGGGUGGUGUCAGGUUCUGAAGUGUGAACAAGGGUGAGAGGGCUGAAUUCAAAGUGGUCUGGGCUUAGCUUGCAAAGGGCAGCUCACCAAUGCAGGUCUGAGCCUCCUAAAACCCACUCUGGCAGUGAAGCUAGGCACCUGGCCUUUUAGAAGGGUUGCAGCACAUGCUGAAUGCAUGGUCCGUCCUGGGUGACACUCCUGCACAGGGCCAUCCUGAUACAUCAGCCAGUACCUCAGGGCCUGGAACUUUUUGUAACCUCCUAAGACUUGUCAGAACUAUUGCCAAUCUGUGUCCUCAACAGCCUAGAGUGCGGCUCGAGAAGCCCAGGUACCAGCUUCCCAGAGCUGAUGAGCUGAGGGUCCAGUUGGUGCCGCUGCAGAGCACCUGUUUUGUGUGCAGUAGCCAGAGUGGAAACCCUCAGCCUCCCACACCUGCUUUGAAAUGGGAAAAGCUUGUGUAUGUAUGUAUACCAUGUUAUUUAUUGAAGCGAGUCUAGGUGCCUCCUGGCUGCAGAUCUUGCACACCUUCGGCAUUUCUGAGUUGGGUGUAUGGUCUGUGUACCUGGCAAGAAUAUUUUCUAUUUUUUUAAGUCAUUUUAUGUUUCUGUAUGGGAAGGCAAAUUUCCUUUCAUAGAUGUGGGCUGAGACCAGUCUGUGCAGCCUUGAUGUGACAGGUAAAGACAGGUGGAAAGAAAUAAAAGACUUUUUUUUUA